GGCGGCGGCGGCCGGAGCGGUGGCGGCCGGGCGAAGAUGGCGGACGUGCUGAGCGUGCUGCGGCAGUACAACACGCAGAAGAAGGAGAUCGUGGUCAAGGGCGACGAGGUGAUCUUCGGAGAGUUCUCGUGGCCCAAGAACGUCAAGACCAACUAUGUCAUCUGGGGGACAGGGAAAGAGGGCCAGCCCAGGGAAUACUACACUUUGGAUUCUAUCUUGUUCCUGCUCAAUAAUGUGCACCUUUCCCAUCCUGUCUAUGUCCGUCGUGCUGCGACUGAAAACAUUCCUGUUGUAAGAAGACCUGAUAGGAAAGACUUGCUUGCAUACCUGAAUGGGGAAACAUCAACCUCAUCAAGCAUAGACAGAAGUGCUCCACUUGAAAUUGGUCUUCAACGAUCCACUCAAGUUAAAAGAGCAGCAGAUGAGAUACUAGCAGAAGCAAAGAAACCAAGAAUAGAGGAUGAGGAGUGUGUGCGCCUCGACAAGGAGCGCUUGGCAGCUCGGCUGGAAGGACAUAAGGAGGGCAUCGUGCAAACGGAACAGAUCAGGUCCUUGUCUGAAGCUAUGUCAGUGGAAAAAAUUGCUGCUAUCAAAGCCAAAAUCAUGGCAAAGAAAAGAUCCACUAUCAAAACUGAUCUGGAUGAUGACAUAACUGCUCUUAAACAGAGAAGUUUUGUUGAUGCUGAAGUGGAUGUUACUAGAGAUAUUGUCAGCAGGGAGAGAGUAUGGAGGACAAGAACUACAAUCUUACAAAGCACAGGCAAGAACUUUGCCAAGAAUAUUUUUGCAAUUCUUCAAUCAGUUAAAGCCAGAGAAGAAGGCCGAGCACCUGAGCAGAGACCUGCCCCAAACACAGCACCAACGGAUCCCACUUUACGAAAUAAGCAACCUAUUCCAGCUGCCUACAACAGAUAUGAUCAGGAAAGAUUUAAAGGCAAAGAGGAAACGGAAGGCUUCAAGAUUGACACCAUGGGCACCUACCACGGGAUGACUCUGAAGUCUGUGACAGAAGGUGCAUCUGCUCGAAAAACACAAACUCCGGCAGCACAGCCUGUGCCACGACCAGUUUCUCAAGCAAGACCACCUCCAAACCAGAAAAAAGGAUCUCGAACUCCCAUAAUCAUUAUUCCAGCAGCCACGACCUCUUUAAUAACAAUGCUUAAUGCAAAGGACCUUCUGCAAGAUCUGAAGUUUGUACCAUCAGAUGAGAAGAAGAAGCAGGGCUGUCAACGAGAGAAUGAGACUCUAAUACAGAGGCGGAAGGACCAGAUGCAGCCGGGGGGAACCACGGUCAGCGUCACCGUCCCUUACCGAGUCGUAGACCAACCUCUGAAACUUAUGCCACAAGACUGGGACCGUGUGGUGGCCGUGUUUGUCCAGGGGCCCGCCUGGCAGUUCAAGGGCUGGCCUUGGCUCCUGCCCGAUGGAUCUCCUGUUGAUAUCUUUGCAAAAAUUAAAGCUUUUCAUCUCAAAUAUGAUGAAGUGCGCCUGGAUCCCAAUGUACAGAAAUGGGAUGUAACAGUGUUAGAACUCAGCUACCACAAAAGACACUUGGACAGGCCAGUAUUCCUACGCUUCUGGGAAACUUUGGACAGGUAUAUGGUAAAGCACAAAUCUCACUUGAGAUUCUGAAUCCUUCAGCUGCCAUUUAUUUCCGGAAGUAUGGAUUGAAAAAAAUGGAAGGGGCUCCAGUUUGGAGACGAGAGUUCGCACUAUGUAUGUCAAGAACUUUACAAAUGAGCAAGGGUCACAGUUUAAACUUUUUAUAAAACCUUACUUGGAUGAUUCAUGCUAUGGCAGGUUGAUACCUGUUGUUAUUCAGAAGCAAAGGAGUUUUGCUUAAAACUAUUUUUUUAAUGUUGUUAGCCUUCUAGUCUGCAAUCCAAAUUGUAUAUUUUGAUAGCAGCAGUUUCUUCUCUGUUUUGUUAAAUUAGCCACAUUUUUAAAUAAUGUGUUUUGUUCCUGAGUAGAUGAUAGCUGGAUCUCCACGGCAGGUUCCCCAUGUGUGUGUGUGUGCGUGCGCGCACGGAUGUGUGUAAAUAAAUGUGUGGGUGUGUCUAUAGAUAUAGUGUACAAAAAAGUUAUAGACACACUGAUGCACACAUAGAUGUUCCUAGGCUUUCUAAACCACGUGGCUUCUGAGCUUAGUUUGGGGUUUCUUUGCUUACUGUUUCACUUAUUGAAAAUAUUUUGUUGUGAAUGAUACUACAUUUUAGUCAAUAGGACUUGCAAACUGAGCAAAGUGAAAGUUGUUUUCCAUAAAUCAAAAUGUCAACCUGUAUAUGUAUAUUCUGUCAGUCUUUGUUAAAAAGGGAAGAUCAAAAAUCUAUUAACACAUUUUUUGGAUUUGUAAUGUCCCAGUUUACUAAAUCUUUAAACUUUAUUACAGGUGUACAUUCAAGUCACGUUAACUUUAAAUUGCCAUUCUCCACACACGUCUCUUUCUUUAAACUGAAAGUAUGCAUGUGUAUGUUCCCAUCUAGCAAAUACCUUUGCAUAUGAGUCUAAAUGUUACCUAGAUUAAAUGAUGAAUAGAGGAGGAGAGAGUUGGAUUUUUUUUUUUCCUGGAACAGCCACCAAAAGGAAUGAAUAAUUUUAACUUCUUUGCAUUUAUACCUCUAAUACUAUUUUCUCGUGACAAAAGUAGCCCAGACUGUCUACGGGAGUUGUGAUUUUCUGAGCUGAGUGGCUAAUACGGCCUCCUAAGAGUCCUGCAUUGGAAGGGAAAAUCAGCCUUCUCCAAUUACCAAAGAACAGAUUUGCUUCAUCUGCAGUGUGAGGCCAGAGGAUCCUGGUAUUUGUACCAAUUUACAGCAUCUGUAUCUAUGGAAUAACAUUAAGUUGAUGUUGCAUACCAGUGAAUGUAGAGAAUGAUGAAAUACUGUAACACCUGCAUGAUUUUUUUUUCUGGGAUAAAAAAUACAUGUUUAUAUUCCUGUUCUUGAAAUUCCAAACCAUGUUUUUUAAAUAUACUUUACAUUUAAGGUUUGACAAAAAUAAAAUGUUCUACCUA